CUGGGUUUCGAUUAGGCAGCUCAAAAGUGAAAAAGUCUUACCAAGAAAAAGUCGUCCAUCUUCGUGUCGGUGCGUGAAUUUGGUGAAAUUUCCACCCUAGAAAAGUGACCGCGAGUGACCAAAGUGGUGUCAGUUUGCUGGGCGAGCUUUGCUGUGCACGAGGAAGCACAAUUGGGUGGUGAAUUUUGAUUAAACCGGAAGUGAAGAACUAAAAGAAGCUACACAAAAUGGAUAUGUCUGGUCCACCACGUGGGGGGUUCCGGGGAGGACGGGGUGGUCCACCCCGAAGCGGCGGAUUCGGCGACCGGGGACGCGGUCGCGGUGGUCGUGGAGGUCCCGGCAUGGGUCGGAUGAUGGGUGGCCCGCCAAUGAUGCGUGGUCGCGGGGGCGGUGGCAUGAUGCGGUCCGGACCGCCCCGUGGCAUGGGAGGUGGGGGUCCGAUGCGCAGUGGACCGUCAAUGUCCCGGCCGUACGGAAGCCGCCCGCCGCUAGGUCCCCGCAGCAGCUAUCCGCCGUCUGUUUCGAACGGUUCCAACGGGUCUGCUCCGCCCCCUCCGUCGUCCACCACUGAAAACGGUAAUGAUCUCAAAACGGCCGAUACCACUUCGGCGGCCAAACCGGUCGCUGCGACGACCGGGGAUAGUACUCCGACUUCGUCGGCACCGCCCGGGGCACCAAAACCGGCCACCACUUCGUCACAGGUCCCUAGCUCGGAGUCGGGUCGGGGUUCUCCACCGCAACCAAUUAAAACGGCUGAUUCUAGCAGCUUGUCACACUCGCGUGAUUCGCACGAACCGUCCGGCGGUGGCAGUUCCUACCAUUCGUCGUCGUCACGUGGCUACGGAGGUCCCCGUGGAGACCGUGGAGGAUACAUGCCACGGGGCAUGGGACGAGGACGUGGUGGAUAUCGAGGCGGCGGCGGCGGUGGCUAUCGUGGGGAAAAUUCGUACGACGCGCCUCGUCCGUUCCGCGGAGGUUCCCGAGGUGGUGGCCGCGGAAGCUACGGCGGAGGUGGACCAGGAGGUUACGGCGGUGGACCGGGAGGGUAUGGCGGUGGAUCAAGCUACAACAGUGGCGGAUACAACAACGGACCGCCUCCCUCGUAUCAUCAGAUGGGCGGUUACCAGGGCGGUGGCGGCUACAACCAAGGACCGCCUCCUCGGCAGCAGUUUGACACACGACAACCGUCCAACACAACCACGGUGACACCGAUCAAGCGCGGAGGAAUGCCCGGUGGUCCACCCGGGCCCAAGCGGGGUCGCUACGACUCGGGUCCGCCGAGCCGAGCGUUGCCACCGAAGAGCAUGCCGCCACAUCACGGUGCUCCGGCUCCGGUGUCCUCGUACAAUGCACCACCCGCGAUGGCCCCCCACGGAGGCUACCCGGAACAUAGUCAUCCUCCGGCCAGCAUGGACCAGUACGGAUCGCACGGAGCGGCCCCAGCCGGUGGUAGCUACGGAGCCGGUGCUGGUGCGCCUCAGGGAGGUUACGGCGCCAACGGGUACAGCCAAAGCGGGUACGGAAGUGCCGCUGUUCCGGCCACAGGUUACGCCACCGGUACGGAGUACGAUGCCAGUCACUACGACUACAGUGCCGGAACGUACGACACCCGGUAUCAGGCCGGAUACUCGCAAGACUACAGCCAGUCUUACGGCGCGACCACCGAGUACAGUGCAGUCCCAGCGGAAACCUACCCCAGCCAACAGUAUGACGAACGGUCGGCGUAUUCCGGCUACGCUUUGAUAGUGUCUGCAGCAGCCGGCUAAACAGAUUUCUUCCGGAUGGCAAAUUUACGCUCGAAAGAGCCGGUGACGGAUAACGAGCCUGCAUAGUAUCGGAGUUUAACCUCACAAAUACCAACGGAGCAGUCAGCAGAUGCCGGUAAAAUACGACACCGAUACACUGGGUGUAAGUGGUGAGUUGCCGGCUAGACAGAUUUGCCGAGCAAGCCGCCCAAGUCUGCGUCUUAAUCGUCUUCUAGAGUUGUCUUUCGGAAAUGACUUUUUGUGUCUCUUCAAAACUAGGUCGUUUUAGAAUAUUUGCGUUAGCAAGACAAACCACUGAAAUUUCGGAUAUGUUUUAGAAAUUCGUUUUUUGCAACAGUUAAACAGUCUCGACAAAUGACUCUACGUGUCUCUUCAAAACUAGGUCGUUUUAGAAUAUUUGAGUUAGCAAGACAAACCACUGAAAUUUCGGAUAUGUUUUAGAAAUUCGUUUUUUGCAAAUGUCUAGCAGUCUAAACAAAUGUGUUGGUGUGUCUCUUCAAAACUAGGUCGUUUUAGAAUAUUUGCGAUAGCAAGACAAACCACUGAAAUUUCGGAUAUGUUUUAGAAAUUCGUUUUUUGCAAAUGUCUAGCAGUCUAAACAAAUGUGUAGGCGUGUCUCUUCAAAACUAGGUCGUUUUAGAAUAUUUGCGAUAGCAAGACAAACCACUGAAAUUUCGGAUAUGUUUUAGAAAUUCGUUUUUUGCAAAUGUCUAGCAGUCUAAACAAAUGUGUAGGCGUGUCUCUUCAAAACUAGGUCGUUUUAGAAUAUUUGCGAUACCAAGACAAACCACUGAAAUUUCGGAUAUGUUUUAGAAAUUCGUUUUUUGACAAGCCAACUAGACUAAAAUCAGGCCAGCCACUGGAAUUUCGAAGAAAUUCUAUAGUUUAUCCUAGUUUACAUUCAAAAUAAUGACGAACACAUGUUGUGGUGAUUUUGUGUGCCUCUUCAAAACUAGGUCGUUUUAGAAUAUUUAGGUCUGAACGCAUGGUUUUACGUGCCUCUUCAAAACUAGGUCGUUUUAGAAUAUUUAAGUAAAAAGAUCGAGCAACCACUUAAAUUUCGAAGAAAUUCUAUAGUUUAUCCUAUUUAACUCUUUGUUUUAUAAACCAACCACUUUUAUUUCGGAUAUGUUUUAGAAAUUCGUUUUUUACGAUAUCAUCUACGGCUUUACAAGUGUCUUGAACUCAUGAUACAACCACUUUGAUUUCGGAUAUGUUUUAGAAAUUCGUUUUUUACGAAUUCAUAAAUAUUAAACUGAGCUUUUUGUGUCUCUUCAAAACUAGGUCGUUUUAGAAUAUUUACGAAAACAAACACAACAAGAAGUGAUCUUUUGUGUCUCUUCAAAACUAGGUCGUUUUAGAAUAUUUACGAAAACAAACACAACAAGAAGUGAUCUUUUGUGUCUCUUCAAAACUAGGUCGUUUUAGAAUAUUUACGAAUUGAACUCAAGAUACAACCACUAUGAUUUCGGAUAUGUUUUAGAAAUUCGUUUUUUACGAACAACAAACAUGGAACUGAGCUUUUGUGUCUCUUCAAAACUAGGUCGUUUUAGAAUAUUUACGAAUUGAAAUUAAGAUACAAUCACUAUUAUUUCGGAUAUGUUUUAGAAAUUCGUUUUUUACGAACAAACAAGCCAUGAACUGAGCUUUUGUGUCUCUUCAAAACUAGGUCGUUUUAGAAUAUUUACGGAAACAAACACAUCAAGAAGUGAUCUUUUGUGUCUCUUCAAAACUAGGUCGUUUUAGAAUAUUUACUAAUUCAAAUCAAGAUGCAACCACUUUGAUUUCGGAUAUGUUUUAGAAAUUCGUUUUUUACGAACAACAAAUAUGUUACUGAGCUUUUUGUGUCUCUUCAAAACUAGGUCGUUUUAGAAUAUUUACGAAAACAAACACAUCAUGAUAUGAUCUUGUGUGUCUCUUCAAAACUAGGUCGUUUUAGAAUAUUUACGAAUUGAACUCAUGAUACAACCACUUUGAUUUCGGAUAUGUUUUAGAAAUUCGUUUUUUACGAACAACAAACAUGCAACUGAGCUUUUUGUGUCUCUUCAAAACUAGGUCGUUUUAGAAUAUUUACGAAAACAAACACAUCAUGAUAUGAUCUUUUGUGUCUCUUCAAAACUAGGUCGUUUUAGAAUAUUUACGAAUUGAAAUUAAGAUAGAACCACUAUUAUUUCGGAUAUGUUUUAGAAAUUCGUUUUUUACGAACAAAUAAACAUAGAACUGAGCUUUUGUGUCUCUUCAAAACUAGGUCGUUUUAGAAUAUUUAAGUAAACAAACACAACAAGAAGUGAUCUUUUGUGUCUCUUCAAAACUAGGUCGUUUUAGAAUAUUUACGAAUUGAACUCAAGAUACAACCACUUUUAUUUCGGAUAUGUUUUAGAAAUUCGUUUUUUACGAACAACAAACAAGGAACUGAGCUUUUGUGUCUCUUCAAAACUAGGUCGUUUUAGAAUAUUUACGAAAACAAACACAACAUGCAAUGAUCUUUUGUGUCUCUUCAAAACUAGGUCGUUUUAGAAUAUUUACGAAUUGAACUCAAGAUACAACCACUUUUAUUUCGGAUAUGUUUUAGAAAUUCGUUUUUUACGAACAACAAACAUGGAACUGAGCUUUUGUGUCUCUUCAAAACUAGGUCGUUUUAGAAUAUUUACGAAAACAAACACAACAUGCAAUGAUCUUUUGUGUCUCUUCAAAACUAGGUCGUUUUAGAAUAUUUACGAAUUGAACUCAAGAUACAACCACUUUUAUUUCGGAUAUGUUUUAGAAAUUCGUUUUUUACGAACAACAAACAUGGAACUGAGCUUUUGUGUCUCUUCAAAACUAGGUCGUUUUAGAAUAUUUACGAAUUGAACUCAAGAUACAACCACUUUUAUUUCGGAUAUGUUUUAGAAAUUCGUUUUUUACGAACAACAAACAUGGAACUGAGCUUUUGUGUCUCUUCAAAACUAGGUCGUUUUAGAAUAUUUACGAAAACAAACACAACAUGCAAUGAUCUUUUGUGUCUCUUCAAAACUAGGUCGUUUUAGAAUAUUUACGAAUUGAACUCAAGAUACAACCACUUUUAUUUCGGAUAUGUUUUAGAAAUUCGUUUUUUACGAACAACAAACAUGGAACUGAGCUUUUGUGUCUCUUCAAAACUAGGUCGUUUUAGAAUAUUUACGAAAACAAACACAACAUGCAAUGAUCUUUUGUGUCUCUUCAAAACUAGGUCGUUUUAGAAUAUUUACGAAUUGAACUCAAGAUACAACCACUUUUAUUUCGGAUAUGUUUUAGAAAUUCGUUUUUUACGAACAUACAAGCCUCAAACUGAGCUUUUGUGUCUCUUCAAAACUAGGUCGUUUUAGAAUAUUUAACAAAAUUUGAUUCAACCACUAUAGUUUCAAUAAUUUCAAUAACUUCUACAUCUGCGAAA